GAAGAAGAAAGGCGGAAGUAGUGGGAAAAUAAAAGUUUGGCGGGUUUAUCAUCGUCUACGAGUAGGUAGAAAUAGGACUUUCGAAUCAAACACAAGCGUCUUUAUCAAAAUGACUGACACGGGACCCUGCGCACAAGUCUUUCUGAAAAAUAUGGACACGUUGCUGCGAUGUCCGAUAUGUUUCGACUUCCUCAGCAUUGCAAUGAUGUCCCCCUGCUCGCACAACUUUUGUUCUCUCUGCAUUCGGAAAUUCCUCUCCUACAAACUACAGUGUCCUGUAUGUAAUUCUGGAAUGACAGAGCAGGAUCUGAGGAACAACAGAAUUCUUGAUGAUGUUGUGAAGAACUUCCAAGAUGCAAGCAGAAAGCGAUUCGCUGUCUCCUCGGCUGUCAAGCGUAAGGCUCCGACACCUCCGUCUCCUGGCUGCAGGGGCCCUGGUGAGGAAGAAGAUGAAGAUGAGGGCUCCUCGGCACUCUCCUUGUAUUUUCACAGCAGGCGCCCCAGCACCUCUACCACCACCACUGCCGCUGCCACUGCCACUGCCACUGCCACUGCUGCUGGGAGCUCUGCUGCUGGGAGCUCUGCUGCGUGCGUGUCAGACUCUAAGGAAGACGAUGUGGAGGUGGUGGAGGUGAGGUCUCCACGUGGGAAACGGGCCCGAGGCUCCUGUAACAGAACCCUCACCUUCAACGCCUCACAACAGCAGAAGGCUCGGGAUCCUAAUAACUUCACCAGCAUCCAUGUGAAAAAGGAGACGACGGAGUGCGACGUCACAGACCACGACAGUGAGGUUGUGCUGCCGUCGCAGUCGCCACGGCAACCGAAGGGCCCCAAGAAGGUGGGCUCGGUCCUCACCGACUUCUUCCUGAAGCAGCCGAACACCUCCUCUGCAUCAUCAGGCUCUCCAAAGCCCAAAGCUUUGGUGAUGCAGGCCCAGACCCCAUCCAGCCACCGAACCACCCCAGCACCCUUUGGUUCCCCAGAGGCAGAGGAGGAGGAAGAGGAGGCUUUUCAGCCCACAAGGUCCUUCAAGACCAGGGGCCAGGUGAAGGUGAAGAAGGAGCAGCCUACCACUCCCCUAGACUCCGCGCCCAGAGCCAGAAGGGAGCCGAAGCCCCGGCGGGGCAGGCCACCGACCCGCACCUCUAGUCAACACACCGCCACCCCACUCAGUGCCACCGAGUCGCAGUCACAGACGGAGGCAUCGCAGACUGCCAGCACCUCUACCUGGGUACAGGUCAAGGAGGAGAAAGCGGAACAGGACGUCUUCAGCCCUCUCUCUGCUGGUACUCUCUCGGGCAGCACACCUGUAAAUAAAGUGGAGUGUCCGGUGUGUGAGGUCCCGAUCCCGACUGCCCACAUCAACAGCCACCUGGACUUCUGCCUGAGGGGCGCCGGGAAGAAGGAAUCCCUGAGGAGAAGCUCUGGUCGUCGUAAGCCCAUGGCUAAGGUGGUGUAUAACCUGCUGUCUGUGGCGGAGUUGAAGAAGCGGCUGAAGGCGUGUGAGCUCUCCACUCACGGCUCCAAGGACCAGAUGGUCAAGCGGCAUCAGGAGUUCCUGGUCAUAUACAACGCAGAGUGUGACUCGCUACAACCUCGCUCAGCUAAAGACAUCGCCAAGGAAGUGGAGGCUAAUGAGAAGAUGCGGGCCCAGCUGGAGAAGACAACCAAAGCUACAAUGGUAUUCAGGAAGGAUCAAACGGAGGAGGAGAUUGAGGCAGUGCACUCCAGCUACCGAAAGCAGCACAGUAGUGAGUUUUCUCGGCUGGUGGCGCAGGUCAGAGGUCGCAUGAGGUCGUCAAAGACUACACGGCACAUCAAGGAGGAGGCCGCCAAGGCUGAGGAGGAAACCAGCAGUCAAGCAGUCACAACAACUACAGCAGCAGCAGUGGAAACAUGUCCUACGAUUGAAGACAUGGCUACUGUCCCAGUCGCAGCGCAUGAUAGACUGGAGAUACAAGUCGACUCCCUCUUCCAAUUGGACAACAUGGAGACAUGCCCCACCCAGCGCUACACAGAGCCAGCCAAUGAGGAGAUGGAUACAGACCAGGGUCUCGUCUCCACAGAGAGGAGGUUGAGGUCGCCCAGCCCGACCCCCAGUGAAGUUUCUGUGAGCAGCUCAAUAUCAGACGUGUUCAGCUGACGGCCCGACAUGAUGUUUUGAAACCAACCAUGAGGUGUGUGAUCUGGGAUGUGUGCCCCCAUCCUCCCAUCUCCAACAAACCCCAAACUCUUCCUUCAUCAAAUGGAAUCAUUGGAAUAUCAGCAGAUGAUUCAGCCAGCAAUCUUGUACCUUCUUUUUUGCUUUCACCUCAGCUGCUAUGUGUUUGUUUUUAUUUUAUUAACUCUGUUUUUAUUAUGAAUGCAACAAUGUCCAAAUCCCACUUAAAGAGUUUAUAAUAAACCUUUAACAGGAGGA